AUGACCAUAUCCAAAGCGAACGUUCUGCUCGUCGGCUGCGGUGGAAUCGGGACCAUCGCUGCACUAAACCUGCAAAUCGGAGGAAGAGCCACAGUGACGGCGGUUUUGCGCUCGAACUAUGACCAUGUCAAGAAUCACGGAUUUCAUAUCAGAUCUGUCGACCACGGACUAGUAGAGGGAUUCCGCCCCGACACAAUUAUCAAGUCCAUCCCUGAUGUCGCCAAAGAAGGCAUCCCGCCAUACAAAUACAUCGUCUGCACGACAAAGAACGUGCCCGACAACCCGCCGACGCUGCUCGAUUUGAUCAAACCCGCCGUCACGCCGGGAUACUCAGUCAUCGUGUUAAUCCAAAACGGGCUGAACAUCGAAAAGCCGAUUGUGGAAGCAUUCCCUCAGAAUGUUGUCCUCUCGGGCGUGAGCUUCUGUGGAUCGCAUCAGGUCGAGUUAGGCAAAAUCGUCCAUGAAGAUAACGAUGACGUCGCCAUUGGGCCGUUCGACAACCCGGCCCUCGAUCGCGCGCAACAGGAGCAAGCUGCGCGAGAGUUCGUGGAGAUCUACGGCGCAGGGGGGAAGUGUCAGCCGGAAUUUAACCCGAACGUGGGAUGGGCUCGGUGGCGAAAGCUCCUGUACAACGCGUGUCUCAAUUCCAUCUGCGCCGUUACCGAUUUGGAUACGGGGCGCAUCCAGCUGGCGGAUGGGGCUAUCGACGGAUUGGUUCGGCCGGCGAUGGAGGAAAUUCGUGCUGGAGCGAAGGCGUGUGGACAUGAUUUGCCGGCUGAGUUGGUCGAUAAGAUGAUCACAAUGGACCCCAUUACCAUGUAUAAUCCGCCCAGUAUGCAGGUGGAUCUUCGAAAGGGGCGCUAUUGUGAAUAUGAGAAUAUCGUGGGAGAGCCAUUGAGGGAAGGCACCAAGCAUGGCGUCCCGAUGCCCACGCUCACCGUUCUUUACGGCAUCCUUCGAGCGAUUCAAUGGCGUACGAAGGAGAAAAAUGGCCUUAUUCCAAUUCCGGAACCCAUGGAUCAUACUCAUACUAGCUAG